CACCCUUUUUACGAUUUUAACAUGAUCACAACUCUAGUGGGCCCACUGAUAUACAGUAUCAAAUUAUCCAUCCUUGGGAUAAAUCCAAACCAUUGAUCAAGUAGGCCCACCUUAUAGAAAUCUUACAUCCCCUUGCAAAAGAAAGUUCAAAAUCACAACGGCUAUGAUGAAGUUCAUCCUCUCAGUAUCUCACUUGAAAAUAUCAUGAAAAUCCUCCAAACCUCUCUCCUAUUAUGCCAAUUCCAGUCAUUUCCAAUCACAAUUCUCUCUCCCUAGGCUUCUCUCCUCUUCCUAUUUCUCCCAACGUCAAGAACAUGAUAUCCAUGGCUUCUAUUCCUUUAAAUACUCUCUCUCCACAACAAAACCACCCACCAAUUUCCCCCUCUCAAACCUUCAAAUCCAUGGGAGAAUUCAAGCAAAUCCAUUCCCAAUUGAUCCGAACUGGCCGUAUACACGACCCCCACGAACAAGCCCAAAUCAUCGCCUUCUGUUGUACUCACAAAACAGGCAAUAUGGAUUACGCCCGCCUCCUAUUCGAACAAAUUCCAGAACCCAACAUCUUCAUUUGGAAUACUAUGAUAAGAGGAUACUCAUUUAGGAACUCCCCCGAGUCUGCUGCUUCACUCUACUUGGAAAUGUUACAUAGAGGUGUUAGGCCAGACCACUACACCUUCCCUUUCAUGCUCAAGGCUUUUACUCGUAACAUUGGUUUCAAAUGCGGGGAGGAGUUUCAUGCGCAUAUAAUCAAGUUCGGGUUCAGUUCGAACAUUUUUGUCCAAAACGCUUUGAUUCAUAUGUAUGCGCUCUGUGGUCGAAUCAAUGAUGCACGCCACCUUUUUGACAAAAGUUCUAAACAGGAUGUGGUUUCUUGGAAUGCAAUGAUUUCAGGUUAUAACAAGAGUAGGAGGUUUGAAGAAUCGUGUAGGCUUUUCGGCGAGAUGGAGAAGGCAAAUGUAGUACCGACUUCGGUCACUCUCGUUUCAGUGCUAUCAGCUUGUACCAAGUUGAAGGAUUUGAGUUUUGGGAAGCGGGUUCAUCAGUACAUUGAAGAUAACAGGAUUGAACCCAAUUUGAUUUUAGGAAAUGCAUUGAUUGAUAUGUAUGCUGCGUGCAGGGAAAUGGAUAUUGCGCUCACUCUCUUUGAUAAUAUGAAGGUCACAGACGUAAUUUCUUGGACUGCCAUGGUUGCCGGUUAUGCCAAUUUGGGGCAAGUUGACCAAGCUCGGAAGCUUUUUGAUCGGAUGCCCAAAAGAGAUUUCAUCUCAUGGACUGCCAUGAUCGAUGGGUACUUACGGGCCAACCGUUUCAAGGAGGCAUUGGGAAUUUUCCGUGAGAUGCAAGUCGCAAAGAUCAGGCCGGAUGAGUUCACCAUGGUUAGCAUACUUACAGCCUGCGCCCAUCUUGGCGCGCUUGAGCUAGGGGAGUGGAUAAGGGUUUACAUUGACAAGAACAUGAUCAAGAACGAUGUCUAUGUGGGAAAUGCUCUUAUAGACAUGUAUGCUAAGUGUGGGAAUGUAGAAAGCGCGGUCGAGGUCUUUCAAAAUAUGAAUCAAAGAGACAAAUUUACUUGGACGGCUAUGAUUGUCGGCCUUGCUGUUAAUGGGCAUGGAGAAGAAGCUCUUGAUAUGUUCUAUAAAAUGCUUAGAGCUGGUAUAGACCCAGAUGAAGUGACCUAUGUUGGAGUUCUCUGUGCUUGUACUCACGCAGGCAUGGUAGACGAGGGAAGAGUACUUUUCUCUAGCAUGACUAAGAACCAUGGAAUUGUGCCAAAUGUUGCACAUUACGGGUGCAUGGUUGAUCUGCUCGGCCGAUCUGGGCGGUUAAAGGAGGCCCUAGAGAUUAUAGGCAGCAUGCCCAUGAAACCGAAUUCUGUUGUUUGGGGAGCCCUUCUUGGUGCCUGUAGAGUUCAUAAGAAUGUUGAACUGGCCGAGACAGUGGCCAAGAGUCUUCUUGAUUUGGAGCCUGAAAAUGGUGCUGUUUAUGUCCUCUUGUCUAAUAUAUAUGCAGCAUGCAAUAGGUGGGAAGAUGUACGUAAGAUACGGAAGCUGAUGACGGAUAGAGGAAUUCAGAAGACGCCUGGUUGUAGUUUGAUAGAGAUGAAUGGUUCUGUUCAUGAGUUUGUAGCUGGAGAUAGAUCUCACCUACAGUCUGAUGAGAUCUACUCGAAGUUGGAUGAGAUGGCCAGAGACCUGAAAUUCGCAGGAUAUGUGCCGGAUACAUCAGAGGUCUUGAUUGAUAUAGGGGAGGAGGAGAAAGAGAAUGCAGUUUAUUGGCACAGUGAAAAACUGGCGAUUGCAUUUGGGCUCAUCAGUUCGCAUGCUGGGGCGACCAUUAGAGUUGUGAAGAACCUAAGAAUGUGUGUCGAUUGUCACCGCGCAACAAAAAUCAUAUCAAAAGUAUAUGACAGAGAAGUGAUUGUUAGGGAUCGGACCCGCUUCCAUCAUUUUAAGAAUGGCUCAUGUUCUUGUAAGGAUUAUUGGUGAGUUUUUGAUAGAGACAAUUCCAAUUAUGAUUUGGGUUCUUCUACCCACUUUGGCUUGACAAAUUAGGGAUCUGUAUGGUAAAAUCGAUGUGGCAUUUUACCUAAACGCAUGCAAAAAACAGAAAUUGUCCAGUCAUAUUUGAUCAAAGAUGAUCUUCCAAUACCAGGUACUUUGGCUGAUUCAGAAGAAGAUGAAGCUGGGUGUAAUUUUAAGAAGAUAAGGCUGGCGUCAAGAUGCGAUCUUUGUAUGCAUACAGCAUGUGCAUGGCAGACGCAGAGAUUGGAGUGAGCCACAUUCCUGAGGAGUCCAGAGAACCAUCAGCUGUUUCCCCUGUUUUCAACCCUUUUCUUUAUAUAUCACAAAAUGAUGAUGGGCUUCUGUUCUCAACAAUCAGAAAAAAAGAAAGAAAAAAAGCUGAUGUUCCUCAAUCUAAGCUGUUCAGUAUGCACAUGUAUGAGAUCCCGAGCUUAUCCGGCAUGCUCUUUCAUGGGACCAUUGGCUAAAAUUCACACUAAUUGGAUGAUCCUGAGAUGGUAGGAAAUCACAGCGUGGUAUGAUAUUACGGCAUGCGUUAAGCUGUUUCUUAUUUUUGUUUAUACAUUGCAUUUUGGCGAAUCUCUUUCUUUUGAUAUUCUUCAUCUAGAGAUGAUGAAGGACUGCAAUAUCUGCUGUGAUGACUGAAUAUAUUCUUGAGGCACAUGUCCUGUUAUCUUUCUCU